AUGUUUUUCUUAAACCUUACCAAACAAUACUAUAAAAGCCGGGUGUUUUGUUCGUUUAUUUCAUUUGCUCUUUUGUUUUUCCAUGUUUUUCUUUUUGUUUCUGUUUUUCUCUUAAUUCUUUUUUUAUUUUUAGCAAAACAAAUAUUCUCUAAUUUAAACUUCUCUACAAACUUUUCUGCAAACAAAACAAUAAAAUGGCUGCUCCAAAUAUGUUUAGUUUAA